AUGACGGCGGUGAACACGUUUGUGACCAUGUGGCGGUUUCUGCUGACGCUGGGCCCCUCGGCGCUGGUCAUCCUGAUGCUGAACAAGGGCAUCAAGGAUCAGCGUCCGGAUAUUGUCGACGAGCUGCAGCGCGUGCGCACCAUAUUCAUUGAGCAGCUGCGUCCGAGCUAUGAUUUUGUCAUUGUCGGCGGCGGAUCGGCGGGCUGUGCGCUGGCGGCACGCCUCUCCGAGAAUCCGGCGUGGAGUGUGCUGCUGCUGGAGGCGGGCGGCGACGAGCCGCUGCUGAUGGAUUUGCCGCAAUUGUAUCCGGUAUUCCAGCGCAGUCCCUGGGACUGGAAGUAUCUGACAGAGCCCUCCGAUCGCUACUGCCUGGCCAUGGAGGAUCAGCAGUGCUUCUGGCCCAGGGGCAAGGUGCUGGGCGGCUGCAGCUCGAUCAAUGCGAUGAUGUACAUACGCGGCAAUCGGCGCGACUAUGAUCUUUGGGCCCAGCUGGGCAAUCCCGGCUGGGACUAUAACAAUGUUCUCCAUUAUUUCCGCAAGGCCGAGGACAUGCGCGUGCCCGGCUUCGAGGAGAGCCCCUAUCAUGGCCAUGGCGGACCCAUUAGCGUGGAACGCUAUAGAUCCCCCUCGCCGCUGCUCGAAGUCUUCAUGGAGGCAGCCGCCCAGCUGGGCAUGGUCCAUCCCGACGGCGACUUCAAUGGACGCACACAGACGGGCUUCGCCCCGCCCCACGGCACGCUGAGGGAUGGCCUCCGUUGCAGCGCCAACAAGGGCUAUAUCCGUCGCAGCUGGCAGCGACCCAAUCUGGACAUUGUGCUCAAGGCGUUCGUGGAGCGUCUGGUCAUCGAGCCGGGCAGCAAGCGCGUGCGCGGCGUUCGCUUCGAGCACGGCCUGGUGCAGCAUCUGGCGCUGGCCAACAAGGAGGUGGUGCUCGCCGCCGGCGCCUUGGCCAGUCCCCAGCUGUUGAUGGUGAGCGGCGUGGGGCCCGCCGAGCAGCUGCUGCCGCUGGGCAUCGAUCUGGUGCAGCAUCUGCCCGGUGUCGGCGGCAAUCUGCAGGAUCACAUCUCCACCUCGGGCGCCAUAUACACCUUCGACAGCCUGCAGCCGGGCACGCACAUGUCCUUCAUAGUGCCCGAGCAGCUGACCAAGGAAUCGGUGGAUGAGUUUGUCCACGACCAGAAUGGCUUCUUCUAUGCCAUGCCCGUCAGCGAGGUGAUGGGCUUUGUCAGCACCAAAUAUCAAGUGGCAUCGAUGCCGCAUGCAGACUGGCCCGAUGUCCAGCUGUUCUUGGGCAGCUAUGGCUACGGCGCCGACGGCGGCAUGAUCGGGCGACGCGGCGCCGCCAUCACGCUGGCCAACUAUGCCGACUCCUUCGAGCCCAUACAGUACCAGGAUUCGUUUGUGAUCGCACCGCUGUUGAUGCGUCCACGCUCGCGUGGCUAUCUGCAGCUGCGUUCCUCGGAUGCGCGCGUCCAUCCGCUGAUCCAUGCCAACUACUAUGAUGAUCCGCUCGACAUGGCCGUCAUGGUGGAGGGCCUCAAGAUGGCUCAUCGGCUCGCCCAGACGCCGGCCAUGCAGCGGCUGAAUGCCACGCUCAACAUUUACGAGUGGCGCAACUGUCCCGAGGUGGAGUACCUCAGCGAUGCCUUCUGGGAGUGCCUGGCCCGAUAUUAUUCGCAGACCAUUUACCAUCCGGUUGGCACCUGCAAAAUGGCGCCCGCUCAGGAUCCGUACGGUGUUGUCGAUCCACGGCUGCGCGUUCGCGGCCUGCGCAAUCUGCGGGUCAUCGAUGCCAGCAUCAUGCCCACCAUUCCCACCGGCAACACGAAUGCGCCCACCCUCAUGAUAGCCGAGCGGGGCGCGGACAUUAUCAAGGAGGACUGGCAUCAUUAUCCACACGGCGAUCUCAGUGCUGGCCUCAAUCUGUUGCCCGUGAGCAAUUGGAUUGCGGCUGCCGCCAAUGCUGAGCCGCCGGCGCCCGCCCAAUUCGUGCGCAUCGCCAUGAACAGCGGACUGUGA